AUGACCGACUCAAUCAAUACACCACCGACCUCUCGUGAUGGUAGCAGCAACUGCCAGCCAAUCAACUUUUCACAUCCGACGCCGGAGUCGUACUCUGCUUCCAAGAUAAACAGUUUUAUCACAGAUGACACAUAUGGCACCCUCCUCGACAAUCACGGGGGCUCUAGAUACUCCUUGGCGCAACAUCUCAGCUAUCCCAUAACCCGCAACCUAUUUUGA